GCUUUGACUGACACCGCACGGGAACGAAAAAAUAACAAAACGUCGUCAAGCAGCAGUGAGUAGGAAAAAAACAAGAAAAACACGAAUCAUCGUCAUUAUUCAGUGCCACGAAAAGCUGAGAAAAUUGUGUGCUCUCGCAAACAUCGAACUUUUUCUGCGGUUCGAAGAAACUACCAAUCGCUAUGAAAUUUUCGUACCAAUAGUUUUGCAUCGGUCGCGAAAAGUCUGGAAAAAUUCGGACUACGUGUUGAACGGGUUGUGAUUUGGUGAAAAAUAGUGGUUCACGUUGCUAAACACUGUGAAAAUCCAGAUAUUUUAAUCUAAUCCACGUUCGGAACGGUAUCGAUUUCGCCAGAAGUGCUUCACCCAUAAACCUGAUUUGAAGGAUUAGAAACCGUCCGGUGCCCGUCACAAGCCAAAAGUGGAACGGAAUUAGUGCAUUGUUUUACACUCAUUUGUCUCGACACUUCAAUUUUAAGCAACGUCGUCGUCGUUGCAGCCGUUAUCGUCAUCAGCAGUAGUGACACUGCCUCGACGCUUGCGCACUCACGGAGAAGGCGGACUCACUCCUCAGCUUAGCUUAGUUCGGUUCAGUCGACCGUCGCGAUCGCACCCAGACGGACGUGUGGUCUGUGUUUAGUAGUUUGCAAAGUCUAGCCUUUAGCCUUUGGCCGAAAUGGCUGCCAACAACAGUGGAACGGUUUCGAUGUCGGCAUCGACUGCUAGUCUGGCGCCGGCACCGGCACCACCCACCAAUACACCCUGGCCCAAUAGCAAGGAUGACUACGAGCUGCGGGAGGUGAUAGGGGUGGGUGCCACAGCCGUAGUUCACGGUGCCUUUUGUCUGCCGCGUAGCGAAAAAUGUGCCAUCAAACGGAUCAAUCUGGAGAAAUGGAAUACAUCGAUGGACGAGCUGCUGAAGGAAAUCCAGGCGAUGAGCAGCUGCAACCACGAGAAUGUGGUCACGUACCACACCAGUUUCGUGGUAAAGGAGGAACUGUGGCUUGUGUUGCGACUCCUGGAAGGUGGCAGUUUGCUGGACAUCAUUAAGCAUCGGAUGAAGUCCGUCAACUGUAAGCAUGGGGUUUUCGACGAAUCCACGAUCGCCACCGUGCUGAAGGAGGUACUGAAAGGAUUGGAAUAUUUUCAUAGCAAUGGCCAAAUUCAUCGUGAUAUCAAAGCAGGUAACAUUUUGCUAGGAGACGAUGGAACAGUACAGAUCGCGGAUUUCGGUGUCAGUGCGUGGCUGGCAACCGGACGAGAUUUGUCACGGCAAAAGGUUCGACAUACGUUCGUAGGCACACCGUGUUGGAUGGCCCCGGAAGUUAUGGAACAAGAUCAUGGCUAUGACUUCAAAGCUGACAUCUGGUCAUUCGGCAUUACGGCGAUAGAGAUGGCCACCGGUACCGCUCCCUACCACAAGUAUCCACCGAUGAAGGUGCUGAUGUUGACUCUCCAGAACGAUCCGCCUUCGAUCGAUACCGGUGCGGAUGAAAAAGAUCAGUACAAAGCCUACGGGAAAACGUUCCGCAAGAUGAUUGUCGAGUGUCUCCAGAAGGAACCAUCGAAACGUCCCACAGCCAGUGAACUGCUGAAGCAUGCCUUUUUUAAAAAAGCGAAAGACCGAAAAUACCUUACCCAAACCCUACUGGCGACCGGUCCGUCGAUGGCUACUCGGGUACAUAAAGCUGCCAAGCGACAACCGGGUGCUUCCGGACGGUUACAUCGAACCGUCACCGGUGAAUGGGUGUGGUCAUCCGAAGAGGAAGACAAUGGUAAGCAAUCUUCCGACUCGGACUCCGAGGAACGACCGAUGAACCGUCUCGACCGAAUGGAUUCAUCUGCAUCGGAAACGGAAGAAACAUCCGAGCAUUCCGAAGCAACGGUAACAGCACCGACUGGAUCGGAACGUACCACUACAGACGUUACCAACACCCUCGCCGGUCUCAGCAUGGACGAUCUACCGCCAAUCAAUCUAGUACUACGGAUGCGUAACGCCAACCGUGAGCUGAACGACAUCCGAUUUGAGUUCGCCGUCGGUAAGGACUCGGCGGAAGGGAUCGCCUCGGAACUAGUUGGAGCCGGGCUUGUCGAUGGUCGCGAUAUCGUCGUUAUGGCAGCCAACUUGCAGAAACUGAUCGACAAUCGAAGCACAUUGAAAACGGUCACGUUUCAAUUGAACUCCGGUUACGGAUCCAGUGAGCAACCGGACGAGAAAUCGCUUAUCGGUUUCGCCCAGAUUUCCAUCACGGACUAACUUAAGUGACUGUGUGUUUGUUUGUUCGGGUGCAUGUGAGUGGCAGUGAAAGUGCAGUUGUCCGCUUGCUGUGCGUGUGAAUGCGCUGGUGCGUUCGUGAAAGCCAACAAAAGAAAACAUUCUAUUGGAAGAUUUUCCUUGUGUUUCGAUUUCUUACAUAGUUUUAAAACGAAAAAAACAAUAAACAAUAGCAAGUUAUUUAGGAUUUAGUGAUACCUAUAUAUAUAUAUAAAUAUUAGCGAUGAGAAAAGUUAAACGGCAUCAAAAUAUAUCGCUUCGCUAACUCUAGUACUACGUUCGCCACCAGACGGAUAGAUUCGAAAUAGACACCGAGGAGAGUGCUUUGACCGCUUUUCCCUGUAACGACAGCUGGCAGAAUGUCAGGGGUCACCCGCAUCGCAUGCAGGCGCCAAAAUUUUUUAGUGAUACAGCACUAGCAGUAGCAGCCUUUCGAAAGCAACCUUUGAAAGUUAUGAGAAAAAAAAAAUGAACGAGAAAACAUUCAAACCUGAUCAAAACUAGUAUGUUUUACUUAGACGACCAGCAGAGCAGAGAAGAUAAUUUAUAUUUUAUCAGCGUUUAACUUUUACUAGAGUGAAGCAUAGGCAACAAAGUUGUACCUUAGAUAAUAUAAACAAGGAUACCAACAGCGAGAACGGAGGGAAAUCCCUCCUAGUAGUAACUGUUUUGAGCGAUAGAUAUCGCCUGACCUCUCUUCUCGUUUUUGAAAACAUUAGAAAUCAAUAUAAUAAACUAUGCAGCUGAGAGGUACAUAUAAAUUGAAACAGCAACAAAUUAAUAAAGCAACAUCCACAAUGAUAAA